GUUUUGGAGACUGCCUCCGAGCGUGUGUGUGUGUGUGUGUGUGUGUAUGUUGGAAGGAGAAAAGAGAUAAAGAGAGAGAGAGAAAGGGAGGGAGAGGCAAGCGGCGUUUAUUCUCCCCCCUUUAGCCUCCCCGUCUCCCUGCUCCCUGUCACUCCAUCCUUCCUCCCCUCUCCUGGACCACCCUCCAGCCCUGCUUCAAGCCGGACCAAGACCCCCUACCACCCAGACCACCCCGGGACCCUUUGACUCUCCUCACUUCUCCGUCCCACCAGCCACAACCUCUGAGCAGGGAUUCCACUCCUGUCCUCUCCUCCCCCGGAGUGCUGUCUGUGAACAUCUCAACUGCACAAUCAGAUCCACUCAACCCAGCUGCCACACUUAAUUUGAUCUAAAUAAGCUUCUGCUGACCAGGCGCAGCAAACAUGGACUGGCUAUCAACCUGAAGGGAAGUCCAAAGGCUGAUGAACUGAUCAGUGUCUGUGUGAGACCACAUUGCUCUGGUGUCCUAUAUGCCCUGCCAACACACCGCACAGCGCAAAUCUGGUGACUGGCUGGCUGGAAUACCACCGUACUCCUUCUCCUUCUGAGGACAUCCUAUCAGCUGGACCACCAGUUUUACCUCCCCCCAGCAUGGAGCCCACAAAAGUCCAGUCAGAGGGUGGCCUCAAUGUCACCCUGACCAUCCGCCUCCUCAUGCAUGGAAAAGAGGUUGGAAGUAUAAUUGGAAAGAAAGGAGAAACAGUAAAAAAGAUGCGAGAAGAGAGUGGAGCGCGAAUCAAUAUUUCUGAGGGCAACUGUCCAGAGAGGAUCGUUACCAUAACUGGACCAACAGACACCAUCUUCAAGGCUUUUGCUAUGAUCGCCUACAAAUUUGAGGAGGACAUAAUCAAUUCCAUGAGCAACAGUCCAGCAACCAGCAAGCCUCCUGUCACCUUAAGGCUUGUUGUGCCAGCCAGUCAGUGUGGCUCCCUCAUAGGGAAAGGAGGCUCCAAAAUAAAAGAAAUGAGAGAGUCCACAGGGGCCCAGGUCCAGGUAGCAGGAGACAUGCUGCCCAACUCCACAGAACGUGCAGUGACAAUCUCUGGGACCCCAGAAGCCAUCAUUCAGUGUGUCAGACAAAUCUGUGUGGUCAUGCUGGAGUCCCCACCAAAAGGUGCCACUAUCCCUUACCGCCCAAAGCCCGCCUCCACCCCUGUCAUUUUUUCUGGUGGCCAGGCUUACACAAUUCAGGGACAGUAUGCCAUACCACACCCAGAUCAGUUGACCAAGCUCCACCAGUUGGCUAUGCAGCAAACCCCCUUUACCCCUCUCGGACAGACCACCCCUGCUUUCCCUGGUUUGGAUGCCAGUCCACCAGCUAGCACCCAUGAACUCACCAUUCCUAACGAUUUAAUAGGGUGCAUUAUUGGACGCCAGGGCACCAAAAUAAAUGAGAUUCGACAGAUGUCUGGGGCGCAGAUCAAAAUUGCAAAUGCCAUGGAGGGCUCAUCAGAACGUCAGAUUACCAUCACAGGGACCCCUGCUAACAUCAGCCUGGCCCAGUAUCUCAUCAAUGCCAGGCUGACGUCUGAAGUCACUGGAAUGGGCACACUCUAAUUUCAACCCAUCUUUCCUCAGUGCAUCACAUGACCCUUGAGCAAAUGGCAUUGCACAUAAUUUAUUGAUUUCUCUGUAUUUGAUAUUUUUUAAGUGACUCUAACUUUGAUUAUUUCUAGUACUUAGUGUAAACAUGUGUAUCUGCACUGUUACUAGGACUCCUCACACCUAAAUCCAUGUCUUUUAUGUUUCUGAAAGGCUUUACUUUUUUGACACUCUAGUAUCUUCCAUGCCAUCUCAUGCACUGCAUCACUCUGUUGUACCUCACGUUUUAUAAGACAUCACCAUAGUUGUUCUUUGUCUAUAAUGCAGGCACUUAAAAGUUAAUACAAAGUAGACCUAAGUGUUGGUUUAACAAUUUAAACUUAGGUUGACCCUCCCCCAGCCUCACAUCCUUAUACCUACCCAUUUUUUUGACUACUAGGUGGAACAAUGAAUUAAUCCACUCAAAUGUUCAACAGUUAUACAAUUUACUUUAUUCCAGUUCAUUUCACACUGAUUUCAUAAUCGAUGAAAUUAGUGCUCUACUGUGUGCCUGUAGACACUUGCCUGUUUUUCCUAGCAUUGUAUGUACACUGUAGAAUGAUCUGCAUGACGCACAAAACCAACUGCAUUUCACAUUCAUUUUAAAAUC